CUGUUCUCAGGAAGAGUCUUAAGGCGCAUUACAGCACACUUCUGCCUUCUGCUGCAGACAUCGCGCGCGUCUCGAGCUGCGACACCACAGGUGAUUGACAGACUCAGCGUUUCUGAAACCAUGUCAAAGGGACCAGCAGUUGGCAUUGAUCUGGGCACCACCUACUCCUGCGUGGGGGUCUUUCAGCAUGGCAAAGUUGAAAUCAUUGCCAAUGACCAGGGUAACAGGACCACACCAAGUUAUGUAGCAUUCACAGACACAGAGAGGCUGAUUGGAGAUGCUGCCAAAAAUCAAGUAGCAAUGAAUCCCACCAAUACAGUGUUUGAUGCAAAAAGGCUCAUUGGACGGCGGUUUGACGACUCAGUUGUGCAGUCAGACAUGAAGCAUUGGCCGUUCACUGUUAUAAAUGACAGCUCACGCCCCAAAGUUCAAGUUGAAUACAGAGGGGAGACCAAGACCUUUUACCCAGAGGAGAUUUCUUCCAUGGUGCUUACAAAGAUGAAGGAAAUUGCUGAGGCUUACCUUGGAAAAACCAUCACGAAUGCUGUUGUUACGGUACCUGCUUACUUCAAUGACUCUCAGCGCCAGGCCACUAAGGAUGCUGGGACUAUAUCUGGCCUCAAUGUUCUACGAAUCAUCAAUGAGCCGACUGCUGCUGCCAUUGCCUAUGGUCUGGACAAGAAGGUCGGUUCUGAGAGAAAUGUCCUGAUCUUCGAUCUUGGUGGUGGCACUUUUGAUGUGUCCAUUCUUACAAUUGAGGAUGGCAUCUUUGAGGUCAAGUCCACAGCCGGAGACACUCACCUUGGCGGAGAAGACUUUGACAGUCGCAUGGUCAACCAUUUCAUCUCGGAGUUCAAGCGCAAGUACAAAAAGGACAUCAGCGACAACAAGAGAGCUGUCCGUCGGCUGCGCACAGCAUGCGAGCGGGCAAAGCGCACUUUGUCCUCCAGCACUCAGGCCAGCAUCGAAAUCGACUCUCUUUAUGAGGGAAUUGAUUUCUACACUUCAAUCACCAGGGCUCGUUUUGAAGAGCUCAAUGCCGAUCUCUUCCGUGGCACGUUGGAUCCGGUCGAGAAAUCCCUCCGUGAUGCUAAACUGGACAAGUCUCAGGUUCACGACAUUGUCCUUGUUGGAGGAUCCACCCGUAUCCCAAAGAUCCAAAAGCUGCUCCAGGACUUCUUCAAUGGGAAGGAACUGAACAAGAGCAUCAAUCCAGAUGAGGCUGUCGCAUAUGGAGCAGCUGUCCAGGCAGCCAUUUUGUCUGGAGACAAGUCUGAGAAUGUCCAAGACCUGUUGCUCCUGGACGUUACUCCUCUGUCCUUGGGAAUUGAGACUGCUGGCGGUGUUAUGACCAUCCUGAUCAAACGUAACACUACCAUCCCAACCAAACAAACACAGACCUUUACCACUUACUCCGACAACCAGCCUGGUGUCCUCAUUCAGGUGUAUGAGGGUGAAAGAGCAAUGACUAAGGACAAUAACUUGCUGGGAAAGUUCGAGCUGACGGGCAUCCCUCCUGCUCCACGUGGCGUCCCCCAGAUUGAAGUAACCUUUGACAUUGAUGCCAAUGGCAUCAUGAAUGUCUCUGCUGUAGACAAGAGCACCGGCAAGGAGAACAAGAUCACCAUCACCAAUGACAAAGGACGUCUAAGCAAGGAGGACAUUGAGCGCAUGGUCCAGGAAGCUGAGAAGUACAAGGCUGAGGAUGAUGUCCAAAGAGAAAAGGUUGCUGCCAAGAAUGGCCUUGAGUCCUACGCCUUCAACAUGAAGUCCACAGUUGAAGAUGAGAAACUCAAGGGCAAGAUUAGUCUUUGA